AUGAAGGAAACGAUGGAAAGGACGGGGAAUGAAGGAGGUUAUUGUCCUCAUUUGUUCACGGUUGUCGGAACUACGAAGAGAUUGCCCGUUGGUGUCGAAUUAUGUAAUAUCAAAUUGUUCGGCUGUAGCAAAACAUAUCCAAAAUUUGUUCCCAACAUAUUUGCAGAAUUAAAUUUUGUAUCAACUCUUCAUAGAUUAUCUUCUUGUUUAGAAAGUGAAUUUGUGAUAAGGAUGGGAAGGGAAUGUGUUCAAUACCAAUACCACCAACAGCAACUACUAGUAGGCAAAGAGUAUGUAUCAUCAUCGAUGGGACAUUUCUACUUGUUGUAUUUUGAGGAAGAUGUACGCCACAGUUGUUCAUUUGCUUAG